CUAGGCGGGGCUUGAGAACCCGCGGGCAGCCGGCCACUGCCGUCUAACUGCUGCCCGGUGCUUGUGUAGGUGCCGCGGCGGCGAGCGGCUGCUGGCGCCAAGGCCGAGCUCCAGGUGGAGGUAAAGCCCCGCCGGCGCCGCCUCCUCCUUGCGGCUCGGCGGCGGCCUCUGCUCUGGUCCCCGAAGGCUCGGCGGAUCUGCACACUGCUCCUGUGAAGAUGCGGCUCUUCUACCGGCUGCUCAAGCAGCCGGUCCCCAAGCAGAUCGAGCGCUACUCCCGCUUCUCCCCAUCGCCGCUCUCGAUCAAACAGUUCCUGGACUUCGGAAGGGAUAAUGCAUGUGAAAAAACUUCAUACAUGUUUCUGCGCAAGGAACUUCCUGUGCGUCUGGCUAACACCAUGAGAGAGGUUAAUCUUUUGCCGGAUAACUUGUUGAACCGCCCUUCUGUGGGAUUAGUUCAGAGUUGGUACAUGCAGAGCUUCCUUGAACUUUUAGAAUAUGAAAACAAGAGCCCAGAAGACCCACGAGUUUUGGAUAACUUUCUCCACGUUCUGAUAAAUAUCAGAAACAGACACAAUGAUGUUGUUCCUACAAUGGCCCAGGGCGUGAUUGAGUACAAGGAAAAGUUCGGCUUUGAUCCGUUUAUUAGCAGCAACAUUCAGUAUUUCCUGGAUCGGUUCUAUACCAACCGCAUUUCAUUCCGCAUGCUUAUUAACCAGCACACACUUCUGUUUGGUGGUGACACUAACCCUGCUCAUCCGAAACAUAUAGGGAGCAUCGAUCCCACCUGUAAUGUAGCUGAUGUGGUGAAAGAUGCAUAUGAAACAGCUAAGAUGCUCUGUGAACAGUAUUACCUGGUAGCUCCAGAUCUGGAAGUUGAAGAAUUCAAUGCCAAAGCACCAAACAAACCUAUUCAGGUAGUUUAUGUGCCGUCACAUCUGUUUCACAUGCUAUUUGAGUUGUUCAAGAACUCAAUGAGAGCAACAGUUGAACUACAUGAAGGUAAAAAAGAAGGCUACCCAGCUGUUAAAACUCUCGUUACUCUGGGUAAAGAAGACUUGUCCAUUAAGAUAAGUGACCUAGGUGGUGGAGUCCCACUUCGAAAAAUAGACCGUCUUUUUAACUACAUGUACUCAACUGCUCCUCGUCCCAGCCUGGAGCCUACAAGAGCUGCUCCCUUGGCUGGAUUUGGUUAUGGCUUGCCAAUUUCUCGACUGUAUGCCAGAUAUUUUCAGGGAGAUCUAAAAUUGUAUUCCAUGGAAGGAGUGGGUACCGAUGCAGUCAUUUAUUUGAAGGCCCUUUCAAGUGAAUCCUUUGAGAGGCUGCCCGUUUUCAAUAAGUCUGCAUGGCGCCAUUACAAGACCACUCCUGAAGCUGAUGACUGGAGCAAUCCCAGCAGUGAACCAAGGGAUGCAUCAAAAUACAAGGCUAAACAGGACAAGAUCAAGAGCAAUAGAACUUUCUAGAAAGCUGAGUGCUGUGGUCGUCUCUGAAGAAAGAUUACCUGCAAGUCAACCAGAGACCCAUAUUUCUAUCAACUCUUAACCGUGGCACUAUUGUUAUACCAAUGCUUAGUUGCUUUCUUUAUAUUGGCUCAGUAUGUCCAUGGAGCCCUUUCCAUAGUUAUUCCCAUUGUAUCUUCCACUAAAGUUGUAGCCUGAGCAAUUUUCCAUAGUGUCUUGCUGUGGUUAUCAUUAGCACCCGUCACAAAAGAGCACAGAACCUCCUAGCUCUCUUUUACCCUAUUCUCUGUAUCUUGCUAUGGAGUUUAGUGUCUGAAGUCUUCCCAGCAUUCUGAGCUCCUUCCUCAUUCCAGAUACAGCAGGUCCUACUGUUGCUGUUUGUGACCAAACCUCCAGCUAGGGCUUGGGGAAUCUGGAAGUGGAAGGCAUCAGUGGCACUCAUCUUGAAAAUUCGGUUGCAGGCUUCUUCCUGUCCCACUUACGUCUCCCUUCACUCUCUGAUUUGGUCCUUUGUGCCCUCUUCACUGUCUGGACAUUGUGAGGUGUGGUACUUGGAUGUUAGAACCUAUCCAUCUGUAUCAAUUUUAGUUUAAAGUUCAUUUGCUUACUUCUGUUCCAUUGAUUAAAGCACUCCAAACGUU